GAAUUAAAAAGUUAUUAACUUUUUAACAUAGCUAAGAGUUAUGAAAAAUUUGUAUAUAAAUUAGGUUUUAUGGAAUACGAUUGUAUCGCCAUGGAUUAUUGUAAUAAUGGCGAUCUUUCAGACUAUCUAAAAAUUAAUCGAAAGAAUUUGAAUAUAUAAGAUAUAAGAGAUAUGAUCUUUUAAGUAUAUUAUUUUCGAUAUCUAGAUUGCUUUUGGAAUAUGGGAACUUCAUAAAUUCAAAAUCAUACAUAGAGAUCUCAAACCUUAAAAUAUAUUAACUCACAAAUAAUAAGAUAAACUUUUUUUAAAAAUUUGCGAUUUAGGGCUUUCAAAAAUAUCCAAAUAAGGUGGUGGCAAUCAUACAGUAAAUAUAGGUACUCCUUAUUACAUGGCUCCAGAAUUAAUUUAGAAUGGUGAUUCUAAUUCUUCAUAUGAUUGCUCUGUUGAUGUUUGGGCUUUGGGGGUAAUAAUAUAUGAGUUUUUCUCAGAAGAAUAAUUAUUUGCUGGAAGAAAUAUAUAAAUUAUUUUUGAUUAAAUUAAAAAUUUAGACAUAAUGCAGAAAUUAAAUAAAAUAUAUGAUGUUUAUUUAAGAAACAUUUGUGAAAAAUGCCUAUACAAAAAUCCAAAAGAAAGACCAAAAAUAAAGUAGAUACUUAUCGCCUUAGAUAAGAUAAAAUUUGAAAAAUAAAAGUUCAUGUUAAAAAAUGAUUCAACAAAAUUAUUAUAAAGUCAGAUAAAAAUAAAAGGUGCUAUCACUACAAUUUAAUAAAAUUUAUAUUAACAAAAUAAUUAAAAAUUGAAUGAGGAAAAUUAAAUUAAUAAUUCUUAAUAAAUCAAUUAUUAAGAGGAGCCAUAAAAUAAAAUAAUUGAAAAAAGCUCAUAAUUACAACCAUCAUUAAAUAAUUUAUAAGUUCGAUUGCAAGUUUAGCUUUUAUCAAAAAUUAAGGAUAAAAAAUUUGCAAAUCAAUUAAUAUUUAUGUAUUGGAAUAAAAAAAGUGAGGAGGAAAUAUUAAAAGUAAUAUAAGCAAAAGGAGACGAACUGAUUGUUAAUUCAUAAAAAUAAUAUUGA